AUGGCCCCCUCAAACUUGCCAGUGGCAGUUGCCUCUGCCAUCGCAUCGAGCGAUGUCAAGCAUUCCCAAGAGCUUUACCAAUCCAACAUGUCACUGGACCAAAUCACCAAGCACGCUGCAAAGCACGGAUAUUCACGAAUCAUGCAACGCGAUUUUAUCUCCUGUGCCGUGUGCUCGACAUCUCCUGCUCUCUGGCAGAAUUUGAUCGACAAUGGCCUGGAUCUCAACGCCCAUGAAAGCCAGGUUUCGGGUGACUUACUCUCCAGCGCUAUCAUUUUCAAAUCUCGGGGUAAUAAAUACGACUUCGCAAAGUGGUUGCUGGAGCAGGGGCAUCGUCCGACCCCGAUCGAUUCGGGUCACGAACCGAGCGCGAUAAUAUGGACAAUCUGCGUCGAAACGGCUGAUAUGGAAAUGCUCAGCCUGCUGAUGGACUACGGGCAUGAUUUAGAGGAGUGCGAAGUCGGGGUUGCAGCUGCAGAUGAAGGCAAUUUGGAGGCGCUGCGACUGCUUCUGGAUCGCGGGGUCAACAUUGAGGACCGCGAUUUGUCGUGGUAUCCAUUCACAUGGAAAGAUGAGCCGUACGAGUCGCUGGGCGCGGCACUGUACCGCGCUUGUCGGCAGGGAAACGUGGACUGCGUUGAAUUGUUGCUGGAACGAGGCGCCGAUGCCCUGGCCGCAGACCUCGAAGGCAAAUCUUGCCUGGACAUUGCAAAGAGGCGUGGUCACGAAGACAUUGUGUGGCUUUUAGAAAGCAGGGGGAAUGUAGCAUGGUCAUUUGGAGGGUUCGUUAAACGCUUGCUAUACGUCUUCUUCUAA